UAUCUCGAAACAUGUUCAGUCGAGAUACGUGUACGACCUAUCGAAUUACUGUCAGAAAUCGAGAUUCGUAUUCACGUGAUUCACAUUUGGGUUAGUACUGUCGUUGAUUUUGUGGUUGUCUCAACCCAUUCGUUAAAUUACUAAAGAAACGAUUCAAUAAAAUGGGAGCGUCGUGGAUACCACUAGUAUUUUUUACUCUACUCUGGGCCAUAGUGGGAAUCGCAUUACCCAUUUUUGUUCCGAAAGGCGUUAAUCGGAGAAUUCUUCAGGUUGCCCUUAUGUUGACAGCUUACACAUGUUGGCUAUUCUGGUUAUGUUGCUAUAUGGCACAGAUGAAUCCACUUAUUGGACCAAGACUAACCAACACUACAAUUUUCAUAAUGGCUCGCGAAUGGAGCAACAUAAAACUUUAAGUGUAAUCUACAGGAAUUAAGGAACAGUAUUCAAGUGAAAAUAUUCUAAUGAUUCCAUAAAUAUAAUGUGUUAUUGUUUAUGAAACUAAUUUGUAAUUAAAAUUAUAUCAUCAAAAUGAAAAUUGAUCGUUUAGGUACUCACGCACGUUGAAAGCUCUGUAGAUUAAAGCUCUGUAGAUAAAAUUAACAUUCCAAAACAUACAGAAGAUUGUAUUACAAAUGGCGACAUCAUUUCAUUGUUGUCAAAUCAUUGGUUUGGUAAUGCAAAUAUAUUUUAAAAAUCGUGUGUACAGUACGCUAUUCGAUGUGAACUAUAUGUAAUAUAUGUAAAGAUGUUUAAUACGAUAAUAGAACUAGAUAAUAAGUGAAAUGUAUAUAAAUUCGAGUUAGUUAUUUUUUCAUUAAACUUCCAUGUGUUUUUUGA